UCAUCAGUGCUCUUCAUCAGUGCUCUUCAUCAUCAGUACUCUUCAUCAGUGCUCUUCAUCAGUACCCUUCGUCAGUGCUCUUCGUCAGUGCUCUUCAUCAGUACUCUUCAUCAUUGCUCUUCAUCAGUGCUCUUCAGUACUCUAGUCCAGAGGUCUUCAGCCCUGUUCCUGGGGACCCACUGUCCUGCAGAGUUUAGCUACAACCCUAAUCAAAAACACCUGAAGCAGCUAAUCAAAGUUCUCAAGAUUGCUUGAAAGUACACAGGCAGGUGUGCUGAAGCAGGUUGGAAAUAAACUUUGCAGGACAGAGGGUCCCCAGGAGCAGGGUUGAAGACGUCUGCUCUAGUCUAUGAUGAACUGAUGUAUAUGCGCGCACACGCACAUAUGAACGCGCUGCUCGGCGCGCGGCCGCGAUAAAGGAGCGCGUAGGAGGCGUGUCGCGUCGCUCGUGACGUCAGGCGCCGCGCGUGCGAUUAUUUUGAACGGGGGUCAAGAUGGCGGAGGAGAGCAGCUUAAAGCACCGGAAUCACACCGGACAGAACUGCACCGGCAGCCGCUGUCACGAAGGGGGUUCUGGGGCGGGGGAUGUCCGGCGGGAGAUGCUGCUGGAGGCGUCUGGACCCGUGCAGAUCGUCAUCGCAGACGAGGAGAAGCACGAGUUCAGUCUGGACGAGGAGGCGCUGGAGCGGAUCCUGCUGCAGGAGCGAGUGAGGGAUCUCCACGUGGUGGUGCUGUCUGUGGCCGGAGCCUUCCGCAAGGGCAAGUCCUUCCUGCUGGACUUCAUGCUCCGAUACAUGUACAGCCAGGGCUCAGACGCGUGGCUGGGAGGGAACGACGAGCCGCUGACGGGCUUCACCUGGAGGGGCGGCUGUGAGCGCGAGACCACCGGGAUCCAGGCCUGGAGCCACGUGUUCGAGGUGGAGAAACCAGACGGCAGCAGGGUGGCCGUGCUGCUCCUGGACACGCAGGGAGCGUUUGACAGUCAGUCCACCAUCAAAGACUGCGCCACCCUGUUCGCCCUCAGCACCAUGACCAGCUCCGUGCAGGUCUAUAAUUUGUCCCAAAACGUUCAAGAAGACGAUCUGCAGCAUCUUCAGCUCUUCACAGAGUACGGCCGACUGGCCAUGGAGGAGAUCUACCUGAAACCCUUCCAGUCGCUGAUGUUUCUCAUCCGAGACUGGAGUUACCCGUACGAACACGCUUACGGUCUGGAGGGGGGAAAUAAGUUCCUGGAGAAGAGGCUGCAGGUCAAACAGAAUCAACAUGAAGAGCUGCAGAACGUCAGGAAGCACAUCCACUCCUGCUUCUCCAGCAUCAGCUGCUUCCUGCUGCCGCACCCUGGGCUCAAGGUGGCCACCAACCCGCACUUCGACGGCCGCUUACAAGACAUCGAUGAGGAGUUCAAGAGGGAGCUGGUGAAUCUGCUGCCGCUGCUUUUGGCUCCUGAGAAUCUGAUGGAGAAGGAGAUCAGCGGCUCUAAAGUCACGUGUCGAGAUCUGCUGCAGUAUUUCAGAGCCUACAUGAAGAUCUAUCAGGGCGAAGAGCUGCCGCAUCCCAAGUCCAUGUUACAGGCGACGGCUGAAGCUAAUAACCUGGCCGCUGUAGCAGGAGCCAAAGACACGUACAGCAGGAGCAUGGAGCAGGUGUGCGGUGGAGACAGGCCCUACAUGUCUCCGGUGGAUCUGGAGCGCAGUCACGAGGAGCUGAAGCAGAGCUGCGUGCGUCAGUUCCGCGGCGUGAAGAAGAUGGGCGGCGAGGAGUUCUGCGGCCGCUAUCAGGAGCAGCUGGAGCAGGAGAUCGACGAGGCCUACGCCAGCUUCCUCAAACACAACCACGGAAAGAACAUUUUCUUCGCGGCGCGCACGCCGGCCACGCUGUUCGCCGUGAUGUUCGUGAUGUACGUGGCGUCGGUGCUGACGGGCUUCGUGGGUCUGAGCCCUGCGGCGGCGCUGUGUAACCUGCUGAUGGGCCUGGCGCUGGUCUCGCUCUGCGUCUGGACCUAUGUCAAAUACUCCGGGGAGUUCAGAGAGCUGGGCUGCUUCAUCGACCGGCUGGCGGAAACCCUGUGGGAGCAGAGGACGCCGCGUAAGGUCUUUUCCAAACUGUUCGAGGUCGCGCGGAGCAAAGUGACGCGGAGCGCCGUGAUGCCGAGACAGAGACUGUCCUCGAACAACAACGUCAAGAAGAGGAACUAGCCUCACGUUACCGCCGAGGAUUCUGGGGUUUCACGGGCUCUUUCACCAGGUGUCCUCUCUCAUGUCCUUUCUUCUGUCCGUCUCAUCUGUGUUCAUGGAGAAGCGUUCGGACUCGCUGACGUCUCUGUCCUCCGCCGGACGCUCCGAGCGCGGGUCACGUGACUCUGAGCGGGUCACCAUCCACUAGAGGACCUAGUUGAGAACGCUGAACUGUCUCUCUGCUGUACAGACGAACUUCCUGUGCUUCAUCAUUCCAUCCAGACUGUGUUUCCUGUACAGACGAGGGAUUUUAAGCUGCUCACUGUAGAGCGUGAUGUGAGAUAAACGUGUGACUCGCUUCCACACACUUCCUCUAGCAGAGAAAACACCGAUUCAACUCCAUCUGCAGGAAUGAUGCUGUGAUCCGUGUCCAUGCUGGAGAGAAACACACACACGCGCACACACACACACACACACUCACGUGCACAUACACAUACUCAUGCAACUCACCCACAUUUGUGCAACACACACACGUGCACACAAACAUACUUGUGCACACACACACACACACACACACACACACACACACAC